AUGAGUUCUUCCUUCCAUGACGAUGAUGAUAUUGAUAACAAUCCGUUUGCAGAACCUGCUGAAUCGGGGCCUGCUGAAACAAGUAAAGUAGCAGACGAGCCUAUUGGUGAGAUUGUUGGAAAUGGUGAAGUCAAGAAACCUACUGAAGAGACUGAUAAAGCUGCAGAGGCUCCUAAAAAAAAUGUAUUACCUGAACGCAGUUCAAAUCAAAAGUUUAACAUCACUGUUAAAGUGACUGGUUUAGAAAGAGCAGGAUCUACCAAUAAUAAGAAGGAAAAUCCGACUAUUGUAUUGGAUUUGAAUACAAAUCUUCCAACUUUUAGGAAACAGACUCAUAAAAAGGUUAAAAAAACUAUGGAGGAAUUUCAACAGUUAUUUAAAUAUUUGAAUGGUGCCAUUCAAGAAUCAUUUAUUCCGGCUUUACCUAUACCAUUUACAAACUAUGGCAUUAACAAUAGAGAGGAUUUGGAUAAGACAGUACAUAACUUUCAAUUGUGGUUUGAUAGAAUUCUUUCAGAUCCCUUAAUAUUGAGGAAUGAAGAACUUGCAUUUUUUAUUGAAAGUGAUCAUAAUACUUAUUCUCCGAUCAAUAAAUCUACGUUGCCUGCGACUGGUUUGAAAAGAAAAACAUUGAAACAAUUAUCCCCUCCAUUUGAUGAGACUUUAGAGUUGGCGGAAUUUAGACCCUUAGUUAAGUCCAUCCAUUGGACAGCCAAGGACUUGCAAUUGAAAUUGCUAAGAGUAUCUAAGGCCAAAAAGAUAGUUGCUGAGAAUGAAAAUGCAAUGGGUAAAGGGUUUAUUUCAUUGAGUGAUUACUAUAAGAAGUUCAAUGAUGAAACCGUAUCAUCUAAACAGAUAACUUUGUAUAAGCAUUUUGGUAAGAUAAUCACGACAGUAGGCGACUUCGACAGUAUAAUUGCCACUGUUGACAUUGCGACAUUUUACGACGGAUUGGAAUGGAUUAUUAACGAUACAUAUGUUGUCAAAGAAGCUUUGACUAACAGACAUUUAAUAAUGAGGGAACUCAUCCAAGCCCAGCAGAAUACUAAAUCAAAACAAGAUAAUGCUAGAAGGUUAAGAGCAAAACGAGAUAUAAAUCCUAUUAAAGUUGACGAAGCUAUCCGUCAAUUAAAGGAAGCCACUAGAUAUGAGCAACAGUUGACGCUGAAGUUAGAGAGAGUUACCACAAAUAUGUUAUUAGAACGUAAAGAAUGGUUGAAUUGGUACGAAGAACAUUUGAAGAGCAUUAUCAAAGAGUAUACAUUGAAAAGAAUUGAAUAUGAACGUAAGAAACUGUCGAUACUUGAAAAAGUUCGCAGUGAUGUGAGAAAUGCAGAUGUAGAAGGUGGGCUGUCGAGGUUAGGACGUAGUCAUAUAAAAAAUAAACCUAGUUUGAAUUCACAAACUAUUAAUGGGGAUGAUUGGACUGGGGAUGUGCGUUCUAGAGACGAAAAUGAGAUCAACCAAAUGUCUCAUACAGAAUUUGAUGAAUCUAUUAAAGCAGAUGAACAUGAGCAAGAGCAUGGUUCAGAUGCGGGUAACAACAGUAUAACUACAGAAUCAUCUACAUCAUCCAGCACACCGCCAUCAGCAUCCAUCCUUGACGCUAAGAAUGCAGCUUCAAUGCUAGGUAAAUGCACUUUUUAA